AUGCACCAGAACACCGUUCUGCAACGUGCAUACAAGUUCAUAAAGUUCUCAUUGUAUUCCCACGUCCAACACCGCUACCUCAGACCCAUUUCCACACCUGCACCACUACCUCAGACCCACUUCCACACCCUGCACCCCAACCUCAGACCCACUUCCACACCUGCACCCCUAACUCAGACCCACUUCCACACCUGCACCCCUACCUCAGACCCACUUCCACACCCUGCACCCCUACCUCAGACCCACUUCCACACCCUGCACCCCUACCUCAGACCCACUUCCACACCCUGCACCCCUACCUCAGACCCACUUCCACACCCUGCACCCCUACCUCAGACCCACUUCCACACCUGCACCCCUACCUCAGACCCACUUCCACACCUGCACCCCUACCUCAGACCCACUUCCACACCUGCACCCCUACCUCAGACCCACUUCCACACCUGCACCCCUACCUCAGUCCCACUUCCACACCCUGCACCCCUACCUCAGACCCACUUCCACACCCUGAACCCCUCCUCCAGCCCACCUCCCACCCCUGCACCCCUACCUCAGACCCACUUCCACACCCUGCACCCCUACCUCAGACCCACUUCCACACCCUGCACCCCUACCUCAGACCCACUUCCACACCUGCACCCCUACCUCAGACCCACUUCCACACCCUGCACCCCUACCUCAGACCCACUUCCACACCCUGCACCCCUACUUCAGACCCACUUCCACACCCUGCCCCUACCUCAGACCCACUUCUACACCCCUGCACCCCUAUUUAGAUCCACUUCCACACCUGCACCCCUACCUCAGACCCACUUCCACACCUGCACCCCUACCUCAGACCCACUUCCAUACCUGCACCCCUACCUCAGACCCACUUCUACACCCCGCACCCCUAUUUAG